UGCCUUGUGUGCUGUGCCCGGCGCUCUCGCCAGGGGUAGCCAAGACUAUCACAGUCUAGUGCUCCUUCUUUAUUUUUCCAGGCACAGGACAAAAGAAUGAAGAGCCCCGGGGUUAUUUAACUUCUGUCCUCUCUAUCUGGCCAUUCACAGCCUGAUUCCAGACUCCGGUAGCUUCAGUGAGGCUCAUGUCUCGCUUGCCUAGCAGGGCUUUUGUUUUUUGUUUGGCUCUCCCGUUGUGCCCCACAACAAUCAGCUAAUGGUGGCAUACCAUGGUGGAAUUAUAGGACUUAAUCUGGCCAAAGGGAUCAUAUCUCUCUGCUGCGUCCUGAUCCGAUCUCUAGGAAAUCCAAUGACAGCGCAAUAGCCUCUCCUCGUCAUGACACCUUUGGAAAUCCUCAGCAACAGUACGGCAUUAUUGUUGAGCUUUUUUCCUAUUCGCCCGUGCAGUUCCUGAGAGACAUCAAUGGGAGAAAAGGGCUAAAUAGAGAAUACUACGUUGGCAUUUUGUCCUGGCCUUCAUCUCAAGUGAUAAAAGACUUCCUAAUGUGCUCUAUGCUUACCCUGGAGGGAUAACAUGGACUGGGACUGUACUGCAGCCAUGCAGGUGGGAAUGCGAGUGGUUCGAGGUGUGGACUGGAAGUGGGUGAACCAGGACAAUGGAGAGGGAAGCGUGGGAACCGUGGUUGAAAUUGGCCGACAAGGCAGCCCUACGACACCCGAUAAAACAGUUGUGGUUCAGUGGGAUCAUGGCACAAGGACAAACUACCGCACUGGAUUCCAAGGAGCCUAUGAUCUGUUGCUGUAUGAUAAUGCUCAGACAGGUGUCCGCCAUCCAAAUAUAAUCUGCGACUGCUGUAAGAAGCACGGAAUUCGCGGCAUGCGCUGGAAGUGCAAAGUCUGCUUUGACUACGAUCUGUGCACGCAGUGUUACAUGAACAACAAACACGACCUUUCCCAUGCCUUUGAGAGAUAUGAAACUGCCCAUUCCAGGCCGGUCUCAUUGACGCCCCGCCAAGGCUUGCCUCGUUUAGUGCUUAAAGGGAUCUUCCAGGGUGCCAAAGUGGUCCGUGGACCUGACUGGGAAUGGGGGAACCAAGAUGGUGGGGAAUCUAAAGUCGGGCGGGUUGUGGACAUCCGCGGAUGGGACGUGGAGACAGGGCGCAGCGUGGCAAGUGUAACUUGGGGCGACGGCACCACUAAUGUUUACAGAGUUGGGCACAAGGGCAAAGUAGAUCUAAAGUGCAUUGCAGAUUCUCCAGGAGGGCAUUACUACAAGGAUCACUUACCCAAGCUUGGAAAACCAGCAGAGAUUCAGAGGAAAGAAAGUUCAGAACGGCACCCGUUCCAGCAUGGGGAUAAAGUGAAGUGUCUUUUGGAUAUUGAAAUAUUGCGGGAAAUGCAAGAAGGACAUGGGGGGUGGAACCCAAAAAUGGCAGAGUUUAUAGGUCAAACCGGAACAGUUCACAGGAUCACAGAGAGAGGAGAUGUCAGAGUGCAGUACAACAGUGAAACACGCUGGACCUUCCACCCUGGCGCUCUGACAAAGGUACUACAAGAUCAAAACAACAUUUGGGUUGGUGAUGUUGUGCGUGUGAUGGAUGAUGUGGAUACAGUCAAGAAGCUACAAGUUGGCCACGGGGAGUGGACAGAUGAUAUGGCCCCUGCUCUGGGACAGAUCGGCAAGGUCAUCAAAGUGUUUGGUGAUGGAGACAUGAGAGUGUCUGUUGGUGGCCAGUCCUGGACAUUUAACCCUGCAUGCCUCACCUCUUAUCAGAGAGACAAUGAUGCCAAUCUCAUGACAACAGAAAAUGCCAAGGAGUCCAAAAGUACACUGGUCUCCAUUCUAGAGAAGAUUCUGGCUCAGAAGACAGAUUGUGAAAGUCCCAGUUCCUUGGUGAUAGAAGCGGCCCAGGGAAACAUUGGCAAAGUGAGGGAGAUGCUCCAGAAGCACCCAGACAAGGUAGAUAUAAGGAACCAGGGCAGGACGGCCCUACAGGUGGCUUCCCACUUGGGACACAUAGAGGUGGUGAAGGUCUUAAUUCAAGCCAAUGCAAACAUUGACCUUAAGGAUGAUGAAGGGGAUUCUGCAUUACAUUAUGCUGCUUAUGGUAACCAGGCUGCUAUCAUCCGACUGUUGCUGGCAAAAGGAGCCAAUGCCGAGUUACUCAAUAAUGCCAAGUGCACUGCUCUGUACAUUGCUGUCAAUAAAGGAUUCAUGGAGGUGGUGCAAGUACUCUGUAUUCCCAACUGUGCCAUCAAUGUCCAGGACUUACAUGGAGACACACCGUUGCAUUACGCCAUCACAGCAGACUACAGAAGUAUCAUAGAGAUCCUGACUGAAGUACCAAAUAUUGAUUUCACUGUGCAGAAUCAGCAAGGCUUCAACCUGCUCCAUCACUCAGCUCUGAAAGGGAAUGUCUUAGCUGUCGGGAGGAUCCUGGAAAGAGCGCGGCAGUUGGUAGACUCCAAGAAGGAAGACGGCUUCACUGCUCUGCACCUGGCUACACUGAACAACCAUCAGGAGGUGGUGGAGAUCUUAGUCAAAGAGGGGCGGUGUGAUGUCAAUCUCAGGAACAACAGAAACCAAACCCCUGUACACCUGGCAGUGACCCAUGGGCACAUCAACCUUGUGCAGCUCCUGGUGACGGAGGGAGGCGAUGUAAAUGCAGAAGACGAAGAUGGGGAUACUCCUAUGCACAUAGUGCUGGUACAGCAGCACCUCACCCCUCUGGAGCCUGAAGGCGCUGGCUCAGCUAUGCUCAGCAAGCUGCAGGCUACUGGGUUGCUUGGAAGCACAGAAUUGAAUGUGGGAACAACAAUCGCUUGUUUCCUGGCUUUGUCGGGGGCAGACAUUAACUACGCCAACCACAGAGGAAAGUCCCCCUUUGACCUAAUAACGGAUGGAAGGAUAGCACACCUUGUGAAAAACUUUGCUCAGAGAUUCAGGGAACAACAAGCUGAAUCCGAUUCCUCUACCGUCAGCUGCACCCUUCGCAGGGUACACACUACCCCAAACACCAUGACCAACCUAAGCCUCCCCACUUCUACUAGUUCUGCCGAGUGCCUGGUGUGCUCAGAGCUUGCAGUUCUUGUCAGCUUCUUUCCAUGUCAUCACAGCAUAGUGUGUGAAGAAUGUUCCAGAAGAAUGAAGAAAUGCAUAAAAUGUCAGGUGUCAAUCACCAAGAAGCUUAGGCAAGACAGCACAGAGGUGGACGGUGUUCCCAGCCAAGAAGCGUCAGAUACACGAAAGGUCAUGGAAGAACUUCAGAACCGAUAUCGUCAGAUGGAGGAACGGAUCACUUGUCCGAUCUGCAUCGACAGUCACAUUAAACUUGUGUUUCAGUGUGGUCAUGGCUCCUGCACAGAAUGCAGCACAUCCCUCGUUUCUUGCCCCAUCUGCAGGCAAGCUAUUCGGGAACGGAUACAGAUAUUCGUCUGAGCCGGGCUUCUGGUGUGAACGCAGUGUCAGGCGCUGCCGUAGAACCUAAGGACGCAACAUACGCCUGAGCAAAGCAUGAUAGGGUUGACCCUCUCCAAGGCAAGGCGUGCAGUGACGAGAGACAGGUCCAACUCUGCUCAAGAUGAAAUUGUGGCUGCUGUGUGUGUGUGUUUUAAACACUAAAAAAACAAUAUAUCAAUAUCCACACUGGAAGGGCUAAUAUAGCGCAGUCUUCCUGAAACUACAUUGUUCAGAGGGACGGAUGAAGCCUACAACCUCACCCAUUCAGUAAUGGCACGGCUGCCCAAUCCUGACAUGGAACCAGUCUGUCACAUUCUUUGUUCUUUUGUAAGUUUCUUCACAAUGAAUCCAAUUCAUGGCCUUCCAGCAGCAAGCUAUGCUGCAUUCAUAUGUUAAGCAUACGUCACCACAAGAUGUAGCAUCGCAGCAAUACAAUAGGUAGACACCCAUCAUUAGCCAAGGAAUGUCACACUGUAAAAUGAAUGCGUGACUAGAUUUGAGAAAGCAGAAUCCAUAACUUGCGGGGUUG